UUAGUCGUGCUGCUCUGUCCUCUUUUUCCUCUCUUUAUCCUGUAACAACCUCUCUCUUUCUCUCUCUCUCUUUGUCACGCUGUGUCUGUUUCCUUUGUUUUUCUCGCUCAAUCUUUUCUCUCACUUUCAUUUUCCAAGUGAAGAACACUGUCUGGAGUAUUUGUCUCUCCCUCUCUGUGACCACUUACCAACUGAAUGUCCAUUGGAUCAACACUUCAACUUGGAUUUGGCUGUCUUUAACUUUUUCUGGAGGUGCAGUUUUUCUCACCAUCACAGGGACUCCACUGAGAGAAAUAACCCGAGUCCUCUCCUGAGUGAUGAGCGCUUGACUCUUUCCUGGCAACUGCGUAACCAUGGAUUGCAGGCAUGGGGCAGAAAUUGGGCAAAAAACAAACAGUGUUGUGUCAUCAGAGAGGGGCCGCUCAGGAGUAAUUUAGAAGUGGACUAAAUAGGAAGAGGUGGGAAGUUUGUGGGAGAAGCUAACUUUACUCCGCUCAUGCUACUGUGGAAAACAGAUAUGGAUUUAGAAGACGGACAAAGAAGGCUAUUUUUGUGACAUUUUCCCUGUGGAUGUGUACGAUGUAGCAUCUUCACACGGGACAAAGUGCCAAGUGACCAGAAAAUCAGCCUGUUUGAGGAUUACUGCUCUGGAACUAACUGUUGGCUAACGAGGCUGUUGACGAAAAGUUGGAGACAAAGAUUGGAGACCUUGGGAGACCGACUGUGUGUUAGCGUGUCUUAGUGUUUGGGUUAUGUGAGUGUGUUCUUGAAGAUGUGUCAGGAUCUUGUUUGUGUGUGUUUAUUUAUGUAGCUCUUCUAUACACGAGAAGUUUAGCGUGUGCGUUUGUGUGUGUGAUGCGUGGCUGUGAGACUGCAAGCUGUCUAUCUGUCCUUGGUGCAGACAGACACAGAGAGGAACAGACAUGUGUUUCCAUGGAUAUGAGCGGCUGUAGCCCCUUCCCCAUGUGUUGGGAGAGAGAAUAUGACAGACACCUAGCAGCAGCGCCAGUGUCAGCAGGGAAAACCAUGGCGACUGCCUACCUGGACCCUAACCUAAACCAUGCUCUUCUGGGAGGAGCCAAAUCACGGCUGAGCGGUGGGGUGUCGGACCGAACCAUGGCAGGCUCCGUGGACAGGGUUCUGAAGGUCUUCCAUCACUUUGAGACCAACACUGAAAACAGCUGCUGGUCGUCUAAUAUCCGAUAUGGAGAUGCAACGGAUGUCAGGGGAAUCAUUCAGAAGAUUUUGGACAUCCACAAGGUGCGCUGGACGUCCUGUUUCGGCCUCCGUCUCACCAACACCCAAUCCAGGGAUCAGGUGCACUGGCUCCAUCCUGAUAUGGGCGUGUCCCACGUCAGAGAAAAUUACGAAUUACAACAAGCGCGACCAAACGAGGACUGGAGAUAUGAGUUAAGGAUCCGGUAUCUUCCGAAAGCCUUUUUGCAGCAGUUUACAGAAGACAAACCAACACUCAACUAUUUCUACCACCAGGGGAAGCACGACUACAUGACACAGAUCGGGGAACAGGUGGAACAAGAUGUAGCGCUCAAACUGGGCUGUCUAGAAAUCAGGAGGUUCUUCAAAGAGAUGAGAGGAAACGCCCUGGACAAGAAGUCCAACUAUGAACUAUUGGAGAAAGACGUUGGCUUGAGGCGUUUUUUCCCAAAAGACCUGCUGGAUUCAGUCAAGGCUAAAUCUCUGCGUAAAUUGAUUCAGCAGACGUUUAAGCAGGUAGCCAAUCUCAACGAUGAGCAGUGCAUCCUGAAGUUUUUAGAGAUACUUGCACCAAUCUACCGCUUCGACAAGGAGUGCUUCAAAUGUGCCCUCGGGUCCAGCUGGGUGAUCCAGGUAGAGUUGGCUAUCGGGCCAGAGGAAGGGAUCAGCUACCUCACUGACAAGGGAUCCACGCCCACCCAUCUAGCUAACUUCAAUCAAGUUCAGUCCAUCCAGUACUCGGCUAUGGAGGAGAAGGACAGGAAAGGGAUGCUACAGCUCAACGUAGCCGGAGCUGCUGAGCCUCUCACCAUUACGACAGCAUCACUGACCAUGGCAGAGAACUUGGCUGACCUGAUUGAUGGCUAUUGUCGACUCAUCACUAUGGAAACUCACUCUUUCAUCGUUCGAUUUCAGAAAGAGGGAGAGAGAGCACUACCUUCCAUCCCAAAAGUAUCAAAUAAUGAGAAAAAGUUAGAAGCAGUCAGGAGUGGAGUGAGAGCUAUCUCUGUCUCAGAAGAUCUUAGCGGGGAUGAGACUGAUGACUAUGCUGAGAUAGUUGAUGAAGAAGACACAUACACCAUGCCCUCCACGCGGGAUUAUGAGAUCCAGAGGGACAGGAUAGAGCUGGGUCGCUGCAUAGGAGAGGGUCAGUUUGGAGAUGUACACCAAGGAGUCUAUAACAGCCCGGACCAACCAGAUUUAGCUGUCGCCAUAAAGACCUGUAAGAACUGCACAUCUGACAGCGUCAGAGAAAAGUUCCUACAAGAAGCAUUGACAAUGCGUCAGUUUGACCACCCUAACAUCGUCAAACUGAUCGGAGUGAUCACAGAAAACCCUGUGUGGAUCAUCAUGGAGCUCUGCACUCUCGGAGAGUUACGUUCGUUUCUACAGGUGAGAAAGUACAAUUUGGAUUUGGCCACUCUCAUUCUGUUCGCCUAUCAGCUCAGCACAGCGCUCGCAUACCUGGAGAGCAAACGCUUUGUACACAGGGACAUCGCCGCUCGCAACGUGUUGGUCUCCUCUGUGGACUGUGUGAUGCUCGGAGACUUCGGUCUGUCCCGAUACAUGGAGGACAGCUCUUACUACAAAGCUUCGAAAGGUAAACUUCCAAUCAAAUGGAUGGCUCCUGAAUCCAUCAACUUCAGAAGAUUCACCUCUGCAAGCGAUGUGUGGAUGUUUGGUGUGUGCAUGUGGGAGAUCUUGAUGUACGGCAUUAAGCCUUUCCAGGGCGUGAAGAACAAUGACGUGAUUGGCCGGAUAGAGAAUGGCGAGCGGUUGGCCAUGCCUCCCCAGUGUCCGCCCACCCUCUACAGUUUGAUGACCAAAUGUUGGUCGUACGACCCAAGCAAGCGACCGCGAUUCACCGAACUCAAAACACAACUCAACACCAUACUGGAUGAGGAGAAGCUUCAGGUAGAAGAGAGACUUCGGAUGGAGAUGAGGAGACAAGUCACCGUGUCCUGGGACUCUGGAGGGUCAGACGAAGCACCGCCUAAGCCCAGUAGGCCAGGAUACCCCAGUCCUCGCUCCAGUGAAGGUUUCUUCUCCGGCCCCCAACUUAACCACUUCUCGCCAUCAGCCCACGGUGGUGUCGGAGGUAGCUACCCUCCCUCUGACUCCUGGAGUCAACACAGACCGGAGCACACUGCGCUGUGGAGCCCCAACAUGGAGGACGGUGGGUGUGUGGGCCAUGCUAUGAUGGAGGAGAGGCUGAUGAUGCAGCAGCAACAGAUGGAGGACGACCAGCGGUGGCUGGAGCAGGAGGAGAGCUUCAUGGUUAUGAAGGCAGAGUCCAGAAACAGCAGAGGAAGCAUCGACAGAGAGGACGGCAUACUGCAAGCACCGGGUGGAAGCCAACAUAUCUACCAGCCUAUAGGGAAACCAGAACACGUGGCUCCUCCUAAGAAGCCGCCCCGCCCUGGAGCUCCUGCUCACCUGACCAACCUGUCCAGUCUGUGCCCCGUGGACAGCUACAACGAGGGCGUCAAGUUGCAGCCUCAGGAGAUCAGCCCGCCCCCCACCGCCAACUUGGACCGUUCUAACGACAAAGUGUAUGAGAAUGUGACGGGGUUGGUUAAAGCUGUGAUUGAGAUGUCCAACAGGAUUCAGCCCGCAGCCCCGGAGGAGUACGUCCCAAUGGUCAAGGAGGUGGGUCUGGCCCUCAGGACUCUGCUAGCAACAGUGGACGAGACGCUUCCUGUGCUGCCAGCCAGCACGCACAGAGAGAUUGAGAUGGCUCAGAAGUUGUUGAAUUCAGAUCUGGCCGAGUUAAUAGCGAAGAUGAAACUGGCCCAACAAUAUGUCAUGACAAGUUUACAAAAGGACUACAAGAAACAGAUGCUAAUGGCAGCUCACGCCCUCGCAGUGGACGCCAAGAACCUGCUGGACGUCAUCGACCAAUCUCGACUUAAGAUGAUUCGCCCGCAUUAGCUCCUGUUGGAGAGGGAGAGUGUAGUAGCUCUCAGCCAAUCACAAAGAGGAGAGGACAUUUUUGAUAUCCGUCUUAUUCUAGACGGAUAUCGGUGACGUACGGAUGAAACGAUGAACUGCCAGCAGACAUGACUGACUGAAACAAUCCGCUCCCUCUCCUCUUCCUACAAACAUUCAUCGUAUUUUCUUCUCUCUGACCAUAUUCAUGUUUUGGUCAAUAUCCUGUUUUUUGUACUUUUUUUGUUGCAUUAUUUGCUUUUGUAUUCAGCAAAACGCUCCUCCCCCCCAUCACGUAUCCCCAGAGAUGAGUUUUUUUGCUCUUCAAAUCAUCCAUUACUUUUUAAUCUUUGAAGAAAGUUAAUCAAACAAAGAUUUCUAUGGCUCGCGUGAAGGACUGCAGAGAUAUUUCGGUGAAUGGACGCUCCAAGAAAAAAACGAAUGACUAACACUCUCCACAUGUGCAGGAUGUAACAACUGGAACUGAAGAGCCAGAAUGAGGCGGAUAAUGAAGAUGAUAUGAUAAUGUUGUUGUUUAAACAUGCUUUUAUAUCAUUAUUAAUUAUAAUUAUGACUAUUACUAUGUUCAGUCUUGACUUUUACAGCAUGUCUCUAUGUUCAGUCCUCUUCUUGAAUAUUCAAUGGGCAAAAAUAAUUGAUUUACAGCUGCUCAUAAACAUCAUAACUUCAUCUUUUUCUUCCAUCUUCUCUUAUCUAGAUCUCUUUUUCUCAGGCAUGAGGAGAUGGCAUAACACAGAAAUAUGAAAGAAGAACAAACUACAUGUCACAGACCACUCUUAAAUACAAAAUCUAUAUUUUUAACACUUCUGAGGCAUGAAUUGUGAGUGAAUAAGAGUGAAGGGGGGUGAGAAGGAGGGAAGCUGGAUUUUGAGUUACAUUGGAGUUUCUUAUUAUUCUGUACAGUAGGUCACCCUGUGUCAAAUGCACUUAAAAGGAACAUUUCACUCAAACAAUAUUGGUUUCCUCAACAAUUCAACAUUUUCUGGAGCAUCUCGCCUGUUAUUUUUUUACAGAAGUUUCUACAAAAAUGUAAAUGAAUGAUUUCUUUAUUGAUGUUUUGGUAUAUUGAAGCCACAUUGUGUUGCUGCAUUAAUCAUGUAGGGGGUCCCUUCAUCAGACUCUUCUUUUUCUCACAGUUAGAUGCUAUGUCUUAGUCAUUUUCCUUUUGGCUGAUCCAGGAAUAGGAUUUUCACGGACAUCUAAAUACAAAUUUAAAAUAUAUGUGUCCUUAAUAUUCCCUCAAAACCAGGGACAGAUACACACCUUUAAACUGUGUUUUGUAAACUACAGAAGUGGUUGGUGGUCGGGUUCAUAGAGGUUCAUCUUUUAACUGGUUCAUGUCCAACAUCCUUUGCUCUUCAUCUCCUCUCCAUCAGUCCUUCUUUUACUCCCUCCUUGUCUUUCUACCUCCAGCCACUGGAGUUAUUUAUACCUUUUUCACCCCCACAUUUCUCUUUUUCUCCCCCUCUCUGAUUCUCUCUCCGUUCCCUCUCCCCUGAGGUGAGCAGCAUUCUCAGGAAGGAGUCACAUGUACAGUUGCUAAACCAAGCAAAUAAAAACACUGUUAUCUUUAAGAAAUA